AUGGCUCCCAGAGGUGAAUACGCAGCCACCUUCCUUACCUUUAUUGCAUUGCUACUCGAAAUUUUCGUGCUUGUCAGUGGCUCGGGCGACUUGCCAGUAUUGCGCGAUUUGUACUUUGCUCAAGUGAACCUCAACGGCAAAUUCACUCGUCUCGGUUUAUGGGGCAGCUGCUAUGGCUCAAACGGCGUUGUUAGCGAAUGCAGCACACCAUCGGUCCCCUUCAACUGGUAUGAAGCUGAGGGUCUUGGUGUGACUCUUGAAGUCGAUCUCCCCAAGAGUAUCUACCUUGCCAUCUUUAUUCUCUACUGGAUCGCCUUUUUGGCCACUGCUUUGGCUAUGCAGGCCACUGUUUUCACCUUUUUCAAGCGUCUUCCCGGUUUCCUUUUGGCCAUCAUCUCCUUGAUGGCUACCGGUGCCUUAUUUAUUAUCUUCGUCAUUGUUGUUGUGGCUGCAUCCAAGUUCAAGAACCUGUCCGGCGAUAUAGGACCUAGCACUUGGAUGGUGCUGGGUGCCAUGAUUGCAAAUGCUUUGGCAACAGGCUAUUAUAUCUUUUCAUGCAUCUGUGGUCCACGCAACAAGAGUGCACGUGAUACCUUCAAUUACUAG